ACGAGACGUGCAUGUCAUAAAACAUACCUGGAUAGUUAUGAAUCAGUAGAAGACUCUAGUCUCCUUCAAGGGAUCGUAGAAAGUUGGAGCCGAGGCGGCUAACCGAGCGUGGUGCGCUCCAUUUGGGACACGUGGUUGACCUUUGACCUAUAAAAUGCUUCCACUGGCAGCGUCGUUUAGACUUUUCGUCGGCCACAGAAUUGCCAGUCACCAGCACCCGCUUCUACCUGUGUUCUGCGCCAGAAACUAUGCCACUAAGAAAAAGAAGAGUCAGACCUCUGCUGUCAAUAUCGAAAAGCUCCUCUAAACAUGGACGUGUGCCUGGGUGCAAACUAUUACAAGACUGGGGAGGACCCUGUGAUUAGACUGGAGGGGGAAUACCCAGAAUGGCUACGGAAUCUGGAUCCAGACAAGCAAAUGGAUGUGGACCCUGACUCUAAGCAGUACUGGAGGAGGAUAAGAAAGAAAGAGGCACACAGAGUCAUAGCCACUCUCAGAGAAAGACACUGAAUCUCAUAAUUAUUCUGUCAUUUCUUUAUUGCGCAUGCGCGGUUACUCUAGGAGAUGCUGCGCAUUAUAUGGAAGUUCACUCUUUUAUGGUCUAUGGAUCUCUCUCAGUUGAGUGUCAAGCGUCAGUUGAAGAGGGCCAAGCUGUUCGAGGUACAGAAAAUCGUCAGGCAGAUUCGUAUUCAUCAAAACAAAAAAGGGACAGAUGCUCAGUUGCAGAAGAGUAAGAGGAAGGUUAAAAGACUUGAAGAUGUCCUAGAUGCCCUCAAAGACCUUGAUCUUGGCAGCCUGGCUCAGGAGCUGUGUCUGAGUCUACAGGAAAGCUGCGAGCUUCCCAGCUGCAGGGGACUGUGGAGAGCAAAUUUUGUUGACAUUGACCUGGUUGUUCUUUUUCAGAGGUUGAAGAGUAACAGACCUGGUCAACGGACAAGGCAAAAGAAAUGGGAGGUAGUGUUUGGAGAAAAGGCCAAACAUUUAGCAGCGAGCAAGAAACGACGGAAGAUCAGAACAGAUACAGUUGCCCUGCUUCGGUGUCCGGGAUAUCGAACGAUACUAGAAACUCGCAGAAUGAUUUCGAGCACCCCCGAGAAGUCAGCUUCUGACUUUUCCCUUCUUGCUGAAGACGAGGCCAACAGAACGGAGCUGCAGUUCAGCCCAAGUACAGAUAUUUCAAGUCAGGAACACGCGAGCGAUUCCCAGACAACAAACAGCAGGAGGCCGAAACAUGCGCGGACUCCUCGUCAACCGGGAAAUAUAGACUCCUUCCAGAAGGAGAUUGAGAAGUGGGAAGAGUUUUACGACGACAUGAAGACGUACCUCACAGAUGGCUCCCUGACCCCAAGGAACCGUGCCGGCAUCCUCAGACAGGCGGACGCCUUUUUUCUCGGUCUAGACGGUGGGAUGUUUUUCACGAAGACGCUGCGGGACGGGACGCUGACGCUGAAACUCCCGGUGGUACGGAGCUACGAGGAGAGAAUGGAGGUGUGCAAACGUAUCCACGUGAGCACAGGGGAGGAGGGCAUUCAUCAUCGCAGAGAUACCAUGUUGGAGCUCCUGGGGCAGCAGUACUACUGGAGGGGACAACGCAGGGAUGUCUGUCAGUGUCUUACACACACUGUUAUCGGCACUUUGUUGCAAAGAGAAUUGCCUCAUGUGAGAUGUGUUCCAUUGGACUGGGAGGAAAGAGACGGUCCAAGCCGCCGAGCCAGAAACGGGAUAUCCGUCCAGGUAGCAAGCUGCCCCGAAUUGAAUCCCCACCUCCUCUUCCACCCUGCAGCAGAGCCAGCUACACUCCUCCCCCUUUCUCCUCUCUCCCCUCCCUCACCCCUCCCCACACCACGCCCCCUGUCACUGUUCCGAGCACAAACUCUCAGGAAACACGUUUUGUACUUUCAAAGCUCUCCCACUUUCAAUGUUUCCUCUCACAACCAGAAUUCCCUCCUCCCACUCAGUGGAGGUGUGGCCUUCUCCCCUCCUUCUAACUCCCUCAGCGUCACCAACUCUCCAGUCUUCUUGCAAACCACUGAAAUUGCACAAACUCGCUCUGCCUCAACUCCUUUAAUAGCCGCCACCCAAAAAGACGUGGUAGUGCGAGGAUCUGCUACCGCUACACUCCACAAAUCAGGCAAGAAACCCCGCGCCCUUCCCGUCACUUUAAACUCUGCUGUAGCACUAGUCGAUCCACUGGCCAAUCUUUACACAAUUGCAGAGGCCUGUCUCCUGAAUAGCCCCGAGAUCACUGCCUCCUCAUCCACCGUGCUUCCCCAGCCUUCAAGAGCUAACCCAGAGAUGAGCGUAGCCUCAGAGGUGACAGUUUCCGACAGCAGUGGGCUACAGAUAUUCACCACUAUCAAUGAGCCUUACUUUGAGAGUCACAAGGAAACAGCUAGCAGUGGGCCACAAUCGGUUUCAGCAGUGGCUGUUGAUCAACAAACAGCUAUAGAGUCGAUGCAGAUGGCUCUAAAGAACACGGCAGAUCCCUGCCAGCUGUCCCAGAUUGCCGGGCAGUCCCUCUCCUCAGUCUUUGCCCUCCCUUCCUCCACCUCGCUAGCCGUGGUCUGCCCCAGCCGCGGUGCAGCCUACCUCACCUCUCUCUCCUCCAUACUCGCACACCAGGGCCUUCUCAACCCUAGAUUACCCACUGGAACCACUCCAAUUGUUCUGCACGAUACAAUAUGUGAAAACGGCUCCCCAAGUGUAUUUUCAUCGUUUCUCGGAGCCAGCAACUGGAAUCUUGGGACACACACAGUACCUAUGGACAGGGAAAUAUUGCAGGCUACUGUUAGUAGCAAUAGAGUGGCUGCUGUGUUGUACAGACCGUUGGCGUAUCCCCCAAACACCAGUUUUCUCUGUCUUCGAGACAUUCAUUCCGUCUGCAAUCCUCAUGGCGUUUCGAUCAUCUUGGACUGCUCCAUUGCCGCCGGUGACACACUCCCUCACCUGAGAGGCACCAUUAAGAAGAUGCUGACGACAGGGGCGGACCUAAUCAUGCUGCCAAACACCGAACACUUCCAGGGGCCGGCCCACACCUGUGUUGUGAUAGGCCGGACCAGUCUACUGACUGGGUGCUGGGAGAGGCUCUCGCUGCUCCAGCCCAGCCUGCCUCUACCGCUGUUCUGCUCUGCCUAUGACACAGUCGGCAGCGUCGUGGCUUUCAAAUCACUGCAG